CACCCGCCCCUGCACGACAAAUCUCUCCCCCUCCCACUUCACCAUUGACCACUUGGCUAACGUCGCUCGCGCCUGCUACGUGUAAACCUCCACCCCCCGCAGCAACUCCUCCUCCCUCCUCCUCACCACAUCAACCACCAAAGCAACCACCACGGUCCGUCGCCCGCCAGCCCGCCCGCCCGUCUCAUCGGCGUUGAGAAGAAGACACCGACGUUGUGACAGGCACACGGUGUGGUGGAGGAGGAGGUGGAGGGUUUGUGGGUGGUAGGAGGACAAGGCUGACUGUUGCAAGAGCAAGCCACGUUCGUCCGGCAUAGACGAAUCUCGGACGUCCGUGCGCCCCGAGUGGGUGGUGGUGGUGUUGGUGGUGGUGUUGGUGGAAGAGGAGGAGGAGCAGAGAGGGAGGGAGGAAGGCCUCGACUCGGGGUUUUGGAAGUCUCGGCCGUGGUUGCAAAGGGGCCGCCAGGCUCGGCGCCAGCGACGAAUCCGAGAUGCCUGCCGUGUCCAAGGGGGACGGCAUGCGUGGGCUCGCCGUCUUCAUAUCCGACAUUAGGAAUUGCAAAAGCAAAGAAGCCGAAAUUAAAAGGAUUAAUAAGGAACUUGCAAAUAUAAGAUCUAAAUUUAAGGGAGACAAGCCAUUGGACGGUUACAGCAAGAAGAAAUAUGUCUGCAAACUGCUCUUCAUAUUUCUACUGGGACACGACAUCGACUUUGGCCACAUGGAGGCCGUUAACUUGCUCAGCUCGAACAAGUACACCGAAAAGCAGAUUGGCUACCUAUUCAUCUCGGUGCUCGUGAACUCAAACAGCGAGUUGAUCAGGUUGAUCAAUAAUGCCCUGAAGAAUGAUCUGAUGAGUCGCAACCCUGUAAGCAUCUGCCUGGCUCUGCACUGCAUCGCCAACGUGGGCAGCCGCGAGAUGGCCGAAGCGCUGGCUGCUGAAAUCCCAAAGCUGCUCAUCUCUGCGGACACGAUGCAUGGUGUGAAGCAGAGUGCUGCACUGUGCCUGCUCCGUUUGAUUCGUGGCUCCCCUGAGCUUGUGCCGCAAGGUGAUUGGGCAUCACGUGUCAUCCACCUCCUCAAUGACCAGCACAUGGGUGUGGCUACGGCGGCGGCGAGCCUCAUCACGGCGCUCGCACAGAAGAGCCCUGAUGAGUACCGCGGCAGUGUCUCCCUGGCUGUGUCGCGCCUCAGCAGGGUUGUGACAGCUGCUUACACAGACCUACAGGAUUACACGUAUUACUAUGUUCAAGCACCAUGGCUUUCCGUCAAGUUACUCAGGCUCUUGCAGUGUUUCCCGCUGCCUGAGGAAACGACCGUGCGAGGUCGAUUGAACGAGUGUCUGGAGAGUAUCCUCAACAAGGCCCAGGAGCCACCCAAGUCCAAGAAGGUGCAACAUUCGAAUGCCAAGAACGCCGUACUCUUCGAGGCCAUCAACCUCAUCAUUCACCAGGAUAGCGAGCCAAACCUGCUGGUGCGCGCCUGCAAUCAACUGGGCCAGUUCCUGCAGCACCGUGAGACCAACCUGCGCUACCUGGCCUUGGAGGGGUUGUGCCUGCUCGCCAGCUCCGAGUUCUCGCACGAGGCUGUCAAGAAGCACCAGGAGACAGUCAUCACUGCCCUCAAGACGGAGCGGGACGUGAGCGUGCGCCAGCGAGCCGUGGACCUGCUGUACGGCAUGUGCGACCGCACCAACGCGCAGCAGGUCGUCUCCGAGAUGCUGGGCUACCUGGAAACCGCCGACUACUCCAUUCGUGAGGAGAUGGUACUUAAGGUGGCGAUCUUGGCGGAGAAAUACGCGGUGGACUACACAUGGUACGUGGACACGGUGCUCAACUUGAUCCGCGUGGCGGGCGACUACGUGAGCGAGGAGGUGUGGUACCGUGUUAUCCACAUCGUCGUUAAUAACGACGAGGUGCAGGGCUACGCCGCCAAGACCGUUUUUGAGGCCCUGCAAGCACCAUCGUGCCACGAGAACAUGGUGAAAGUGGGCGGGUACGUGUUGGGUGAAUUUGGCAACCUCAUCGCGGGAGACCCUCGCUCCAGCCCGAUAGUGCAGUUCAACCUGCUGCACUCCAAGUUCCACUUGUGCAGCGCGUCCACACGCGCUCUGCUGCUGUCCACCUACGUCAAGUUCAUCAACCUCUUCCCCGAGAUCCGAAGCAGCGUGCAGCAGGUGCUGCGAAGUGACAACCAGCUGUGCAACGCGGACGCAGAGCUGCAGCAGCGCGCGGUGGAGUACCUCACCCUGAGCAACGUCGCCAGCACCGACGUCCUGGCGACUGUCCUGGAAGAGAUGCCACCUUUCCCCGAGCGCGAGUCCUCCAUCUUGACGAAGCUGCGCAAGAAACGGGGCACGUCAAUCACCGAGCCUGACGAUGCCAAGAAACCCUCGGGGUCGGAGGUCAACGGAGGCUCCGAAGACACGGCGCCACCCAGCUCCCUGAAACCGCCGAUGCCGUCUGUUGGAGCCGUGCAUGUGCCGGUGGGCUCUGGUCCCGGGCUGGCGGGACACAGCGGCGCAGCCACAGGUGGCGGCAGUGGUGGCGGCUCCCUACUGGUGGACAUUUUUGCAGAUGCCGCGGGCUCUCAGGCCGGGGCAGUGCCUGACAUCGAGGAGAACUUCCUCAGGUUCGUCUGCAAGAACAAUGGUGUCCUGUAUGAAAAUAGCUUUCUUCAGAUUGGCGUGAAGUCCGAGUACCAGCAGAACGUUGGCCAGGUGUGUCUGUUUUAUGGAAACAAGACCUCCAGCCAGUUCCAGAACUUCACUCCGACCAUCGCAUACCCAGGAGACCUGCAAGCCAAGCUGAUAAUUACCCAGAAGGCCGUGCAGCCCCAGGUGGAUGCCGGCGCCCAGGUACAGCAGCUGCUUCGCGUCGAAUGCCUCGGCGACUUCACAGAGGCGCCUGGCCUCACUCUGCAGCUGUGGCAUGGCGGAUCCCUGCAGCAAAUUAGCCUCAAGUUGCCGAUAAUGAUCAACAAAUUUUUCCAGCCCACGGAGAUGAACUCUCAAGACUUCUUCGUUCGGUGGAAGCAGCUCAGCAGUCCCCAGCAGGAGGCCCAGAAGAUAUUUAAAGCAGCGCAUUCCAUGGACACUGAAGUCUGCAAAGCCAAGCUGCUGGGCUCUGGAAUGGCCCUGCUGGAAGGUGUGGACCCGAACCCCGGCAACUACGUGAGCGCCGGGAUCAUUCACACCAAAAGCUUACAGAUUGGCUGCCUUUUGCGGUUGGAGCCCAACAUGCAAUCGGAGAUGUACCGUCUCACCAUCAGGAGCAGCAAGGAGUCCGUGUCGCAAAGGCUUUGUGAUUUGCUCGCUCAGCAGCUGUAGGGGUCACCUCUGGCACGAGGGAACUCGCUUCUUUGGCAGGUGGAGCUAAUUCAUCUCAAACUAACAGCAUCAAGUAGGGGUGUCGACAUUAACCAUGCAGUUCUAUUAUCGAUCAUCACAGGCAGGCAUAUAAAAUUAUAUUGUAUUUUUUACAUUUACAUCGAAAAGCAACGUCAAAAUGUUUUGUUGAUAUAUCGAAGUGUAUUGUGGGUGGAGUUGAAGCUCGGCGGUCAUUGUGCUUACCCUGGUCCCCUGGCUGUACUGCGUUUUGCGCUGGCAAAUACGUGGGACUAUUCUUGUGUGACAUUAACAGGUGUUUUGUACACUUUCUUAAGCAGAUGUUACCUGCUUUCAUUUUUUUUUGGCUAAGCAGAGCUGCUCGCACAAGCGUGGUCAGUCGUGACUGAACGCUGAUGAUCGUUUGCGUGUUAUGUGUUGGCUAAAGUGAAAAUCAGUCUGCUUAUCCAGAUGGCGUUCAUUGCUCGUCCAUAGAUGCCUCUUUUUUUGCUAGCUAGGAUGUCAUUUAUACUGGCUGUAGGAGCACAUCUAUGUAGAGUUCUUACAGCUUUGUAAAGCUUACCAGCACCAUUCCAUUUUGUCUGCUUCAAUGGCAUUAAGAACUGACCAUGGUUGCCAAUAUAUACCAAGUCCCAUUCCAUUCUGUAAAUUAGCAGUACAGUAUUUUUUAAUUGACCUUUUUUUAACCAAAUGUAAUUGCCAAUGCUUAAUACAAAGCCUUUUUAGCUGUAGUUUUGACAUUUAUAUAUGGAUGUGCUUGAUGAAAGAAAUGAAAACACUAGUGUAAUUGUUUAACUUUUACAAUUUAAGAUACCAUUUGAAAUGACAGAUUUUAAUUUUAACUACACAAGUUAGAUGAACAAAAAAUGCACAUUUUAAGGAAACGUGGCCAUUGCCGAUGAGCAAAUUUCACAUUUACAAAAAAUUAUGUUGAACGAUGCAUGAAAUGCAAAUACUAAAUUCAUCAAGUAACGAAAUAGCAGGUGGUCCAUCUCAUAAUAAAGAGGAGCCAGAAGGAUCCAUGUGAUCACUUGUUCGGCACUUUGCUCGGGUCUGUCGCCUUAAAGUGCCAUAAGUGUUCUAAAUUGUAUAUGUCUAACGUGAUUAAAAAUAUUUAUCAUAUUAACUCAUAAUCCCAUUAGUUUUAAACUUGAUCUUAUUGUAAGACUAUAUAGGUAGUUGAUAUAUUUUUGGUUGGACUCUAUUUUUCUUUCCAAACCUGCAUUUAUAAAGUGACUUCCUUUUA